CGUUAAUCUCAGCCAGCUCUCUCCUCUCACCUCCCUAUAUAUAUAUACCUCGCCGGGGAUAUGUGGUGAUGCGGCAGAGCAGCAACAGCUAGCGCACCACAAACAAUGGCCGCUCCUGCCGCCGUCAGCUGCUUCCUCGCUCUCGUUUUCUUGCUCUGCGCCUCCGCCGCACGGGGCAGCAGAUACCCGGAGCAGCAGGCGGCGGACCGCGUGGGGCGGCUGCCUGGGCAGCCCGCCGUGCCGUUCCAGCAGUACGCCGGGUACGUGACCGUGAACGAGUCGCACGGCCGCGCGCUCUUCUACUGGUUCUUCGAGGCCGUCGACGACGCCCCCAAGAAGCCCCUCGUGCUCUGGCUCAACGGCGGGCCUGGAUGCUCGUCCAUCGGGUACGGCGAGGCGGAGGAGCUCGGGCCGUUCCUGGUCCAGAAGGGCAAGCCGGAGCUGAAGUGGAACCCCUACUCCUGGAACAGAGAGGCCAACCUGAUGUUCCUGGAGUCCCCGGUGGGCGUCGGCUUCUCCUAUACCAACACCAGCUCCGACCUGAAGAAGCUUGGCGACAAGAUCACCGCUGACGACGCCUACAUCUUCCUGCUCAACUGGUUCAAGCGCUUCCCCCAGUACAGAUCCCACGAGUUCUACAUCGCCGGAGAGAGCUAUGCAGGGCAUUACGUUCCGCAGCUGUCGGAGAAGAUCUUUGACGGGAACAAGCAAGGCCCCAAGGAGAACCACAUCAACUUCAAGGGCUUUAUGAUAGGGAAUGCUCUCAUGGACGACGAGACCGACCAGACUGGCAUGAUCGAGUACGCCUGGGACCACGCCGUCAUCUCCGACCGCGUCUACGCUGACAUCAAGGCCCACUGCAACUUCAGCAUCGAGAACGCGACCAACGCCUGCAACAAGGCGCUGGACGAGUACUUCGCCGUCUACCGCCUCAUCGACAUGUACAGCCUCUACACGCCCGUCUGCACCGACGCCUCCUUGUCCUUCAGCCGUAGCAAGAAGGUCGGCGUCCACGGCGCCGCGCCCAAGAUCUUCUCCAAACAUCAUGGGUGGUUCAUGAGGCCGGCAGGUUACGACCCCUGCAGCAGCGACUACUCCGAGGUCUACUUCAACCGGCCAGAUGUCCAGGCGGCGCUGCACGCAAACGUGACCAAGAUGGGCUAUAACUGGACACACUGCAGUGACGCGAUCGGCAAUUGGAACGAUGCUCCCGCCUCUACUCUCCCCAUCAUCCGCAAGCUCAUCGCUGGCGGCAUCAGGGUGUGGGUUUUCAGCGGCGACACUGACGGGAGGAUCCCCGUGACGGCCACGAGGCUGACCCUGAACAAGCUCGGGCUGAAGAGCGUCCAGGAGUGGACGCCGUGGUACGACCAUCUGCAGGUGGGUGGGUGGACGAUCACCUACGAGGGCCUGACAUUCGUGACGAUCCGCGGAGCUGGGCACGAGGUCCCUAUGCACACGCCGAGGCAGGCGCUGAGCCUCUUCCGGAACUUCUUGGGUGACAAGAAGAUGCCUCCCACGGCCUUCUCCUAGAGAGGAAACAGGCAUCAAGUCGUUUGUUUCUGAUACCGUAUAUUAGAAAAAAGAACAACUUGUUUCUUGGGUCUCCUUUUCUUUGUUCUCGACCAGUGUUACAGAUGUAAUUCGAUUGGAACAAUCGUUUAAUUAAUAAAAGAAGUCAACCGUGCUGAUUGGUUUACACAACAAA